AACAAGUAUAAAAUUACCACAAGACACCUUAGGUAUUUUAAGUCAAGUUGAAAACCAAUAAUUUUUUUAUUUGUUAGAUUACUUACCAAAUAAUCUUGAGGCAGAGGAUAAAGACAGGUAAAAAAGAAAGGGGGGGUUAAGGCAUCAUUUUCUAACCCCAAAAAAGAAAUAUUUUUUCACAGCUCUUUUUCCAUUUUAACAAACAAAUAAAAAUCUCAUAGUCAAUCAUAAUCAUAAAUGCCUUGUUCAUACCGCCCAUUUUCCCAUACCUUAAUUCUUUUUAAAUUAUUUCAACAUAAUAAAAAAUUAAAGCCAACCAACAAAUUUCUCUUUCAUUUCUUUUCCUUGGGAAUGGUCAUAAUCUUGAUCUGUAAUACUUUCCCUGUCUUUUUUCCAUGUCCUUUCCUUAAAGUCUUAAAAACCAAUGUUCAUAGUCUUUGAUCCUAAUUGAAAAUCCAUGUAUAUAUAUUAAUUUACACACACCCAUAUAUCAUCAAUAUCAUAUCAUAUAAAUAUUUAUAGAGAAAAACAGAGAGAGAGAUGGAAAACUCCAUGGGAGUAGGAUUCAUGGCGGUAUUUGCAGUGACAGGAAGUGUUGUUCUUCUUGCUCAUCAAAUCCACAAACGUGUCCUUUCUGACUUUAUGAAAGACAUUGAAUUCGAAUUGGGUCUUCCCAAAAGAAGAUUUGGAAUUGGAGGUUCUUGUAUGAAGAGAAGCAGCAGUAAUAAAACGGUGAGAUUUGCAGAAGAUGUGGUUGAACCAUCUUCAAAUAACGAGGAGUAUCGGAAAAAGAAGAUGGAGAAGCAACCUCAUCAUCCUCUUAAUAUGCCAUUAAAUAGGCAAGUUUUGUAUAGAGGUAUUAUUGACUACAAACUUGGUCAUAAGAACUAACAGGGGUCAACAUGUGUUUUUGAAUUAGAUCAUGCUUUUGUAAAUUAACUUCAUUGCUAUGUUCUUUUGUAAAUUUUUGGAAUAUGGAAUCUUAAUUGGUACAAGUGUACGACUUUCAAUUAUGACGGUCAUUUUUUUUUAAUUUAUUUUUUUUUAUUUUUAGCAUUGGAUCAUCAUUCAAUGUAAAGUUACUGUUGAUCCUACAAGAAAAAAAAAUGUAAAAGUUACUGUAAGAAUUGAUAUGUAAUUAUAUUACGUUGGAUAUAAAAAUAUGGUGCAAUUAAUAUU